AUGUGUGCCAUGAUUCUGCACCGUGCCGGCGUCAAAGUAACGUGUGUAUGUCGAUCAAACUAUGCAGAAGUCAAGCAGAGAGGAUUCAACGUGGAAUCAACCAUUUUCGGGAAGGAGACUUUCCGCACAUCUAUCGUCCGGUUGGUGUCUGAAGCUAUCAACGAUGACCAAUCCUUUGACUUUGUCAUCCUGGCCACAAAGUCGCUCCCCAAUACAUCAGAUGCAAUCAUAUCAGCCAUCUCUCCCGCCAUGAAAGACAAGAAGACUGCACUCGUGCUCAUGCAGAAUGGUAUUGGCAUAGAAGAGGUCUAUCACAAGGCUUUCCCUGGAAAUGUCAUUCUGUCAGCAGUCGUCUACAUGCCUACUGUUGAGACAGAACCUGGCGUGGUCUUUCACCAAGAAAUUGGAAUAAUUCACGUCGGGACAUAUCCUUCUCAAUCAGAUGCCUCAGCUAGAGAGCUUGCAGACAAGUUUGUCCGAGUGGUCGCAAAAGGCGGGGGAACGGCCGUCGCGCACGAGGACGUGCAGGCAGAGCGCUGGAAGAAACUCGUUGCGAAUGCAGCUUGGAAUCCUGUAUGCGCAUUAACACGUUGUACAGACCUACAGUUUCUGAAGACAAGCGAUUACUCUCGAGGCUUUGUAAGAGAGGCAAUGGUGGAAGUUGUCGAGGUGGCAGCCGCAAUGGGUUAUGAGGGACACGUCGGCCUUGACACCGUGCAGAUGCAUAUGAAUCGGGCAGAAUCGCGAACUUCUCCAGGUGUGAGGCCAAUUAUGAUGAUGGAUAUGAGCAUGGGUCGUAGAAUGGAGGUGCAGACUGUUAUUGGUGAGGUGGUAAGGUUGGGUCACAAGUAUAAGGUAUCUAUUCCUAGACUUGAGGCUCUACAUGUCUUGCUUGUUGGGUUGGAUUGGGCGCUCGAUGAGGCUACAUCGAAAUGA